UCUCUCACAUGUAGAAGUCACAGCAGCUGCAUGAGACGGAGAUGAAACCUAAACUUGAGAGGACUGAUCCUAAACGGCAUGGAUCCUUAAGACGUUUACUGACAGGGUCGUUUAUAUAUUUGAUCAAAUAAAAGGACAGCUAGCUCGCCCUGUAUAUUUCUUAUGUCAAAGAGAUUUUGGGUUUUAGUCUUACUAUCACCAGACAACUGUGAAGCCCGACAGCAUACCGUCCAAAAUAUGUCCAGUAAUUAAUUUCAGCUGAUUAUAAUUAGCUUUUUUUACCCCCCUCGUGCUGCUUUAAUAAUACAACAUCAGAAGGAGCGCGACUGAAGCUCACGCACACAUGCUCCACCGCGCGCUGGACAUGAAGAAGACCUCAUCCCGAGCCUGAUUUCCUGCGGUCCCGGCCAUCUGUGUGGCUUCAACCCGGAGCUGAAUUACACUCGCGAAAUGACCCAGCCACAGACGACCAUGGAGCUGGAGCAGAGCUGCAGUAUAUCGAAAAAGAGCAUCAUUACCAAAAUGUUUAAAGUUCGCAAACGGAGAGAGAUGCUGUUCGCGCAGGUGUGCUUCAUCUGCAGCGUCCUGUUCUUGGCGUGGUGUAUGUCGGCGUUGCUCACAAAAACAGGUCAUGGGCUGGUGCUUCAGGAGGGGUUUGCUGUUCCCAGAGAUCAUCUGGGCCGAAGGCUUAUGGCCACAGCCGGAGACAAUGAGACAGAGAAGAACUGCACAGAACCAGCCAUCCACGAGUUCCCUGAGGAUAUAUUCACCAACAGUCAUCGUGCGCAAGGAGCUGUACUGCUGCACAUAUUUGGGGCUCUAUAUAUGUUUCUGGCCCUUGCUAUUGUCUGUGAUGACUACUUUGUGACCACUCUAGAGAAGAUCUGUGAGAAACUGCACAUGAGUGAAGAUGUAGCAGGAGCGACCUUCAUGGCAGCUGGAAGCUCCGCCCCCGAGCUGUUUGCCUCUAUAAUUGGUGUGUUCAUAACACAUGGAGACGUGGGGGUGGGUACCAUAGUAGGCUCAGCCGUGUUCAACAUCCUGUGCAUCAUCGGUGUGUGUGGGAUAUUUGCGGGGCAGGUUGUUUUUCUCACCAAGUUUUCCGUGUUCAGAGACUCAAUCUACUACAUUUUAUCUGUGGUUGCCCUUAUUGCAUUUAUUUAUGAUGAAAAGAUUUUGUGGUGGGAGAGUCUGAUACUGAUUGUCAUGUAUGUUGGCUACAUUAUCAUCAUGAAGUUUAACACUAGCAUCCAGAACUACUUUUCGGGGAAGGAAGACAAGGGAGUCGCCAAUGGUAAUCCGGUCAUGUGCGAGAUGGAGCAUGGUAAUGAAUAUGAUUCGUUAUGGGAUGAUCCAUCAUGGCCAUUACUCAGACCAGUAAAGCCCAGUAAAGAGUACACUAGGGGCUCUGUUGUGAUGGUGGACGAGAUGAUAAAUUCAAGCCCUCCACAUUAUCGGUUCCCCGAGGCCGGCCUUAGGGUCAUGAUCACCAACCACUUCGGGCCCAAGACACGUCUGCGCAUGGCAAGCCGACUUAUCAUCAAUGAGCAGCAGCAGCUGGGGAAGACGGCCAAUGGGGUGGAUGCGGUGCUGGUGGCUGAUAAGAAAGCUGACACCAUGGAAAAUGGCAACGUAGUGGAGGACAAACUCACUGAGGAGCCAGAGAGUGAGAUGUCAUCUCCCUUCAUCUUGCCUGGGGGUGCUAUGGAUAAAGUGAAGUUUUUCAUUUCCUGGCCCAUUUUGGUGUUGCUGUACUUUACCAUACCCAACUGUGCAAAGCCACGGUGGGAGCGCUGCUUCAUGCUGUCCUUCUUCCUCUCUACGCUGUGGAUCGCCAUCUUCUCCUACAUCAUGGUGUGGAUGGUCACAAUUGUUGGAUACACACUUGGAAUCCCAGAUGUCAUUAUGGGUAUAACUUUCCUGGCUGCAGGCACCAGUGUUCCCGACUGCAUAGCGAGUCUCAUUGUCGCACGGCAAGGCCUGGGGGACAUGGCUGUCUCCAACACGAUUGGCAGUAACGUCUUUGAUAUCCUGGUUGGACUUGGCGUUCCCUGGGGCAUCCAGACAAUGGCUGUCAACUACGGCUCUGUGAUUAAAAUCAACAGUAAAGGACUGAUUUACUCCGUUGUUCUGCUGCUGGGUUCGGUGGCUUUAACUGUGCUGGGGAUCCAUGUGAACAAGUGGAGGUUAGACUUUAAGUUGGGCGUGUACGUGCUUAUUCUGUAUGCCAUCUUCCUCUGCUUUUCCAUCUUGAUCGAAUACAAUGUCUUCACUUUUGUCAACCUGCCCAUGUGCCAAGAGGGUGUCUAAGCUAGAAGAUUUCCAUGGGCUUUGAACCAAAAUACCUCCGGGAUAAACCUGCAACCAAAACCACCAAUGAUUCUGCUGUUUCCUCUGUUUAAUCUCCCUACUGAGUUGCUACUGUUGAAGAAAACCACUCUCUAACGCUGCACAUUUGCACCACUGUGGCUCAGAUGGAAGAACUGCAUUUCCCAGAAGACUGUUGACUCACAACUUUCUCCAUCAAUUCCAAGAAAUGAAAUUCUCCUUGGCAGCUCUCUUUAUAACUGGAUAUUCUUCCACUUCUGAACCUUGGACAAUCAUAAUGCAGCCCGUAAAUGUUUUGUUCAGAGCAGAAGGAUUAAAACUGUACACUUGCAUCACAAACUGCACACACAUAGCAAUGACAAAGAAUGCUGCUCAUUCCUGUAUGCAUUAGCAAUCUACAUCUUCUAAUUUCUGUCUUCCCUUGAGACACCGUAUGAUAUGAACAUGAACAUAAUGCACUUUAUAUGUGGCAUAAAACAUCUAUAUCAUAUUAAUUUAUUUCUUCCGGUAUGGAAAAAUGAAAGUAUGUCCUUGAUGUGGCGCAAUAAAAAGAUGAAAGUGACAUGGAAUGACUGCCUUCAGGCAAGAAAUUGAUUCUCGCAGCUUGUUACACAGAAAAAAAAAUGGUGAAAAAAGAUGCACAGCAGAUGUGAAGCAUUUUCUGUAUGGAUCAUGCGGCAGGGGGCGAGCUGUUAUGAAAUCCUCAUGAGCUGGACGAUAUAUUUCCUGCUGAGAGCUUCCGGCAGGUGCCCAUCUGAGAGGUCAGCGAGAUGACCAGCUUCUGACACACGGAAACAGAAGCUCUAAUAUUAGACACGUUUCGGUUUCCCCUUUAUUAUUCCAGACCUGCAUUAACCAGUGAAUGGAACCAAUCGUAAAGCACACAUCAAAAGCUGCUCCUCACCUCUCAUUCAGACCAGAGCAGACGACCCUCAGGACCGCUCUUUGCUUGUUUUGCAAUAUGGACAAUGAGACUGACAACUGUGGCUGCUUUGAUAUUUCAUACACAUACUGAUGAUAUCGCAAACAAAGAUCCUGGAUUUUGCAAACAUGCUACAAAUCAAUGCGUUUUUUUGUUUCUAUGUAAAUAUAACCUCACUGAUCCUGUCUGAACCAGUGCUUCCUUACAGAUGAUGGGAGGUGAGGGUGAAUUUACAUACGUGACCGAAGCGGCCACUUUUUCUUUAUUUCCAAUGCACCCUAACCUCCCUCUCUGGAUCUUUAUUACCGUUUGUCUGUAAUGCAUGAUCUGACACAAAGAAGCCAUUUUUAAAACAGGGCAAAAGAUUUGUGAGCUCACAUCAAUGUCCCUACAAGGAUGAAUCUCAAGAAAAUGUGCCCAGGUCAUAUUUUAUCCCAAAAUCAAAAGAAAAAUAAAUUGUAUUGUGCAAGGAAGUUAAGUUUUAGAACCUUUUAAGAUUUGUCUGCAUUGCAACAUUUAUUUUCUUGAAAGUUAAGCACAUUUUCAACCCUGGAUUCUCUUCGCUGUAAUGCAUGUGGACUUGAUACUGUAAUAUGUGCACACUGUAAUAACAUAUAUUUAAAUUAGCAUAAAUUAAAAGAAAUUGCCAUAUUAAUAUUACUCCGAUUUAUAAAUUCUUAAAAUUAUUUACUCUGAUUUAUAAAUGCUUAAAAUA